UUGGUCACUUCGCGGACGGAGGCGGCUGAAGUUGGCGGCGGCGGUCUGCGCGCUCGUCCCCGGAGUCGUUUCUUUUCUUUCCUCUUCGCGUCUAGAGCGACCGAAGCUUCAACCCCGCUCUCCUCUUUGCCGGUUUCCGAGCAGCGUCGACCCCCACGCAGGGGGACCCCACAGCAUGGAGUUCAAGCUGGAGGCCCACCGCAUCGUCAGCAUCUCGCUGGGCAAGAUCUACAACUCGCGCGUGCAACGCGGCGGCAUCAAGCUGCACAAGAACCUGCUGGUCUCGCUGGUGCUGCGCAGCGCCCGCCAGGUGUACCUCAGCGACCCGUGCCCUGGCCUCUACCUGGGCGCCCCGGUGCCGCCGCCGCCGCCCGCCGGAGCCCCGACCGACGCGGAGGCGGCCCGAGGAGGCGCCGGCGGUUUCCCCCAAAGCGGCGGGGAACCCCGGCCCGGCCCGCCCUGCCUCGACGCGCCGCGCGCCGAGCCCCCCGCGCCGGCCCCGGGCUGCCCCCGGAAACGCGGCGCGGCGGGGGCCGACUCGGCCGGCGCCUCCCCGCAGAAGAAGCCGCGGCGGGACUUGGACGAGCUGCCCGGCGGGGCCGAAGCGGCCCCGGAGGACGAGGACAUGGACACGGGCAACGUGGCGAACCUCAUCAGCAUCUUCGGCUCCAGCUUCUCGGGACUCCUGCGCAAAAGCCCGGCCGGCGGCGGCGGCCGGGAGGAGGCGGCGGAGGCCCCGCAGGGCGGCCCGGAAGGCACCGAGUCGGGGCCGAGCUGCUGCGAGCCGCCGGUGCUGCGGGACAUGAACCCCUGGAGCACGGCCAUCGUGGCCUUCUGAGGCCC